UAAUGUCACUAUAGAAACCGCUGGAAAGAACACAAGAGUUACCAUGACCAUUGCAGACAGGCGUUUAGUGCGCGAGAUGCCUGCGUGUCCGCUUCACGCGCGCUGCGACACCGCUAUUCAGCAUCUUUCUGUUUAGUCUGCGCUUUAUAUCUUUAUAUCAUCAGAAUAUGAACAUCCCGCUCGAAAGUUUUAUUUGCGGAAAUUCCACGAGACCAUGAGGAUGAUAUGCAAUGCAUCACUACACUGGAGAUAUAACCGAAUUGCGCUAUAACUGUUUUACUUUUGUAAGUUUUACCUUUUGUGGCCAUGAGUGCGGAGAAGCCAAACUUUCUGUCUCAACCUGAGGUAAAAAAUAUCUAUUUCUAUCGGAAUGGGGAUCCGUAUUACGAGCCCAGGCGUUUGGUGAUCAACGCGAAGAGGGUUUCGACCUUCGACACGCUGCUGCGGGAGGUGACUGGUGGCGUCCGGGCUCAGUUUGGAGCUGUGAGGAACAUUUACACGCCCAAAGCGGGACACCGGAUAGACUCACUGGAGCACCUGAGGAGCGGAGAACAGUAUGUAGCUGCUGGACGAGAGAAGUUCAAAAAGAUAGAUUAUUUACAGAUAGGAACCAGGAAGAAAAGAAUGCUUCAGCUCAAUGGAGUGAUGAAACCCAUUCCUCAGAGUCGUGUGGUAGUGUCUGCCAGAUUCCUCAAACCUAUCAAUGAACCCUGUGCAAUAUUUGUUGUGGCAAAUGGAGAUGUGCAGAAUCCAGCAGCGAGGCUUCUGAUUCCCAGCCGUGUGAUUGGCCAGUUUGAGCGGAUUCUGGAGAUGAUCACAGAGAAAAUGGGCCUGCGAAUUGUAGGUGGUGUGCGGAGCCUGUACACCUUUGAAGGGACUCUCGUUAUGGAUGGAAAGAAAUUAGAAAAUGGACAGUUUUAUGUUGCUGUUGGCAGAGACAAAUUUAAAAAGCUUCCAUACAGUGACCUCCUGUUCAAUAAACCCAUAGGCAUAAAGCGAGUGAAUGGGUCAAAAGCAGCGUCAUUACCACCUAUAUACAAAUACAGACGACAAAAUGGAGAUGUGGGGAACCAUCAUAUCAGUAAGUCUGAUUGUGGACAAGAGAAGAGCAGUCCUUCGGACCAGAGCUCCAAAGAACAGCUGUCGUCAAUGGUCAGAGAGAUCUCUCAGGCCAGACUCAUGAGCAUACGCAAGAAGAGGAGCGAACUCGCAGCAUCUAUCGAGGCUCAGGACGAUGAUGAUGGAGAGGACAGAAGUGCAGAGAAUGACAAGUCUUCACCAGUCAAGCAGGAGGCAGCAGAGGCCAGUCCAGAAAUAGACGACUCAUCCAAAACAGAGAGUGAACCAGCCGAAAACACAGAAGUAGACGACUCAUCCAAAACAGAGAGUGAACCAGCCCAAAACACAGAAGUAGACGACUCAUCCAAAAUAGAGAGUGAACCAGCUCAAAACACAGAAGAAUCACCAUGUGACGGAGAAGAAGAGACGAAAGAAGAGGAUGAAAAAAAAGAAAAGGAAGAGGAAGAAGAGAAAGAAGAGGAUGAAAAAAAAGAAGAGGAAGAAGAGAAAGAGGAGGAUGAAAAAAAAGAAAAUGAAGAGGAAGAAGAGGAUGGAGAGAUAAAGGAAACGGGACUGACAUCAGGGCCAGAGGCAAAUGAAACCAGUGAAGAGAAGAAGGACGGAGAGUCUGAUAGAGAGGACGAAGAAGAGAAACAAAUGGAAGGAACAGAAGAGGAAAACCAGGAGAAAACAGAGGAUGAGGGAGAUCCAGAAGAAAAGACAGAAGAGAAUCCAGAUCCCAGUGAAGAAGAGUUGGCAAACACUGAGCGAGAGGACGAGAAAACUUAAAGUAGUUCACAGAGAAAUUAUCAUUCUGUUAUCAUCUACUCACCCUCAUGCCGUUCCAAAGCUGACUUUUAUGCAGAAUA